CAGCAUUCGCUAGACGUUCUUUCCACCUCCAUGUGCAGCGAUUUCACUUUCUAAUCUACGACGGAUUAUUGACGUCGUUCUUAUCUUCAUGGUAGCUUUGAAUUUCUUGCGGGUCGCAGUUUUCGCUGCGCUGGUUGCGUGCGUCUCCAAUUCAGACGCAAGCGUCAUUUCACGUGCGUUGGUUCAAGUGACUUCCACCAGUACAUCCGCGUCUUCUGCUUAUGACAGUUCGGCUAGUUCCUCCGAGGUAACGGCGACCAAAGCCCCAGUGUCGGAAACGUUUUCGGAUUUAGAAGACAUGGGCUCCGACGAUGCUGGUACCGUAAAACCCUUCGCCGGCGCCACUGACAGCGCUAGUGACGAGACUGAGCAAACCGAAAGCAGUACAGCCUCGAAAACAAAGAAGAAGGAGACUGCGCCCUCGUCCGGAGGCGGUGAAACGGAAAGCGGAGAGAUAGAAUCAAGCACACCCUCGUCGUCGAACAGCGAGACGGAGAACAGCCCAGCUACCACUUCGAGCAGUGAGCACGAUAGCAGUGCGGCUGCCUCUUCCAGUGAUGAGACGGAUACUAGUUCUGCUACCUCUUCCAGCGGCAAGACAGAGGAUAGCUCCAAUUCGUCCUACAAAAAGUCAAAUAAGGAAAGUGAGCCGUCGACUAGCGACGACGUCACUCAGGGCACCUUGUCCUCAAGCGACGAUGUCACUCAGAAAGCAUCGUCUUCCAGCGAGGGAGCGUCGUCUUCCAGUGGUAAUGUCAAGCAAGAUGACGACUCCGACGAUGAUGAAAAUGCCGCCGCUAAGAUGACGAAGGCUCAGAGAGAGGCAGCAAAGGAGGCUCGACACAAGGCACAGGAUGAGCGCAAGGCGCAGCGCGACGCCAUGAAGGCUGAGUGGCGAAGGAUUAAGGCACAACAGAAGGCCGAACGGAAGGCCGCCAAGGAGAGAGUGAAGUCGGAGAAAAGUGCUAUUCAGUCGGCUGCAGGCUCUCUUAAUUCGACCGAUACCACACAGCAGCAGUGAUCGCUCACGCCCUGGACUUUAAUGGAAUUGUAGCGUGAGUGUAGCAGUUGUGAUAGUGUCGUAAGAGGAAGUGUAAAUGUAGUGUGGCGAAUGCG